AUGCCUACUGUCUGGUUCAACGACCUCAGUGUUCUGUCUUGUAUCUCUGCCACUAGAGUGCUGACGUCUGCUAUAAUCCUUGGCUCGACUUUGUGGAUUGGUGCAAUUGGUAGGAUUGGGUUUAAUGAGAAAGGGACGACUCUACAUUUGAAGGGAAUCCCUACCGCUACUAGCUUAUAUGCUUUCUGCUACAGCGCACAUCCUGUUUUCCCUACCCUCUACACUUCUAUGGCAAACAAGCUUCAAUUUACAAAGGUUAUGAUGUUGUGUUUUCUCUUCUGUACCUUAGCGAAUAUGUCUAUGGCAGUCACCGGGUAUCUAAUGUUUGGCUCAAAGGUGGAGUCACAGCACGAUUGUUGUGGCUAUGACUCUUCCCUUUUUGGAUCUCUCAUGUCACUUGUUGGAGCUUUUCUGGGUUUCACAACAUCUGUUUUACUGCCUUGCAUUUGCUACCUGAAGAUCACAGGCAGUAGUUGUAAAAGGGUUGGAUUGGAAUUGGUGGUUGUAGGUGUAGUCAUCUUAAUGGGUAUCUUCACGGCAAUUGUUGGUACUUGGACAUCUUUAAAGGAAAUUAUAGGGAUAUUUUGA